AUGCGCAUGGCUGGCAUCAAGUACGUGGUGGACACGGACGAGCCACAGGGGUCACGUGACAAGUGCCCUUGGAUCGCUUUCAACGGGCAGGAACUGUCCGACUUGGAGCUUAUCAUCGACUUUCUGACGCAACACUUCGGAAAGCCUCUGAAGGAAAAGCUCACGCCGGCUGAGCGUGCCGUCGGACGUGCCGUGCAGGUGAUGCUCGACGAGCACACCGUGGUGGCCGUGGUCUAUAAACGCUAUGUUCUCGACCGCUAUUCCUACAUCAUGGGGUGUUUCUCCAAGAAGUAUCGGCUCAUGCUCAGGCUCUUGGUGCCCAUUUUCCACCCAAGAUUGAAGCGUAUGUUCUACGUCAUAGGCAUGGGCCGCUUUAGCGAGGAGGAGGCGAUGUUUUUCCUGUAUCGUGAGUUGCGAGCGCUGGAAGAUGUACUCGGCGACAAGUCGUUCCUGCUGGACACCACACCGACCACGUACGACGCAGCUGUGUUCGCCGAGCUGACCCAAGUCAUAUACGGUUGCGCACCUGAGGUGGAGCGCUACGUUCGCGCUAACUACGACGCUCUGGUGCAAUACCACGAGCGUAUGAAGAACAAGUACUGGCCCGACUGGGAGCGGUGCCGAGCCGAGUAGAGCUGAGAAGAGCCGAAUAGAGCUGAGUAGAGCCGAGUAGAGUUGAGUAGAACCGAGUAAAGCUGGGUGGAGUCGAGUAGAGCUGGGCGGGUCCGGGCAGCUUGCGUUCUGGAGACGCCCGUGACGGUCGAUCCAAACCUCAAAUUUUCAACAGAAAUCUUCAUUAAGCCGAACCAUUCCGGGAUCAUGAUCCGCAACACAUCAGCCCAUCCUGUGCCGACGAAAUGAAAAUGCCGUGCGAUGAAAAUACUUCAAAUGCCGUUGCAAAUAGCC